AUGCCUCGAAAAUAUCUGUCCCCUGACGACACCUCCUUUACCCACGCAUCGCGCGACACCGCUACAUCGCCAUCCCGAACCCGCGCGUCGCCGUCCCGACGAUUCCACAACCCCGACCGCAUCCCCGAAUCUGCGUCCCUCCAUUUCAUCCGUCCGACUACACCGACCUUCCCUGCCUUCUCCAUGGCAAUCAACUACCUCAUCCUGCUCUCACGGCAGGGCAAAGUGCGCCUGGCCAAGUGGUUCACCACCCUCUCGCCCAAAGAGAAGGCCAAGAUCGUCAAGGACGUCACCCAGCUCGUCCUCGCCCGUCGCACACGCAUGUGCAACUUUUUGGAGUACAAGAACACGAAAAUCGUAUACCGCCGCUACGCCUCCCUCUUCUUCAUCGCCGGCUGCUCCUCCGACGACAACGAGCUGAUCACUCUUGAGAUCAUCCAUCGCUACGUCGAGCAGAUGGACAAGUACUACGGCAACGUGUGCGAGCUCGACAUUAUUUUCUCCUUCACCAAGGCCUACUACAUUCUGGACGAGCUGUUGCUCGCCGGCGAGCUGCAGGAGAGCAGCAAAAAGAACGUCUUGCGGUGUAUCGGGCAGCAAGACUCGCUUGAAGAUAUGGAGGUCGAGGAAGAAGUCACCAAGAUCAUGUAG